AUGUAUUGGGUGGCCCUUCGCAUCCGUCCCAUCAGUGACGCCAAAGCAGAGGAGGGAGCUGCGCUCGUUGCCCGCAGAGUGGGCGAGCAGAGGGUGGUCUUGAUGGAUCCAAGCGAAGAUCCAGACGACAUCUUGCGAGCUAACAGAUCCCAAGAAAAAACAUUUGUAUUUGACAUGGGUUUUGAUCAUGGAGCAACCCAGGAGGAAGUAUAUGUGUCCACAACCAAAAGCCUGAUAGAAGGAGUCAUUUCUGGCUACAAUGCAACCAUUUUUGCAUAUGGUCCAACAGGAGCAGGAAAAACCUACACAAUGCUAGGGACGGACUGCGAACCAGGGAUUUACAUCCGUGCUCUUGAUGACCUCUUUAAGGCCCUUGAAGCUUCCACCAAGGAGAUGGAUUACACAGUCUCCAUGUCCUACCUGGAGAUCUAUAACGAGGUGAUCCGUGACCUCCUGAACCCAUCCUCUGGCUUCUUAGACCUGAGAGAGGACCCCAGAGGCAGCAUCCAGAGAGCAGGAAUUACGGAAGUCUCCACUACAAAUGCUCAGGAGAUCAUGCAGCUGUUAAUGAAAGGAAACAAGCAACGCACCCAGGAACCUACUGCCACCAACAAGACGUCCUCCCGCUCGCACGCAGUCCUGCAGGUGACAGUGAUGCAGAAAAGCCAAAGUAAGGUGAUCGGCGAGGAACUGCGGAUUGGAAAGCUUUUCAUGGUUGACUUGGCAGGGUCGGAGAGAGCAGCUCAGACUCGGAACCAGGGCAAGAGGAUGAAGGAAGGAGCCCACAUCAACCGCUCGCUGCUGGCUUUGGGCAACUGCAUCAACGCUUUGAGUGAGAAGGGGGGGAGCCGGGCCCAGUUUGUUAAUUUUCGAGACAGCAAACUCACACGCCUGCUGAAGGACUCCUUAGGGGGCAACAGCAGGACUGUUAUGAUUGCACAUAUCAGCCCAGCCAGCACCUCCUUUGAAGAAUCUCGAAUGACCUUGAUCUAUGCCUGUCGAGCAAAAAACAUCAAGACACAGGUAAAAUGUAACUUGCGGAAUGUCUCCUACCACAUUGACCAAUACACCAGCAUCAUCGCAGACCUCCACAGGGAGAUCGAGUGUCUGAAGGCAAGGGCGGAAAACCAGGAGAAGGAGAAAAGUACAGUCGGCUCUGACCUUGGGGAUCUGCAAGAGAGGCACAGAGGCUCUGAGGCACACAGUGGCCAAGUAAUGAACACCUUGCGGGCACAGCUGGUUGGGGCUUUCAGGGAGCAAAUGGAGAUGCGUCGCAGCCUGAUGGAGCUGGAAAACACCAACAUUGAGCUGCACGUUGAUACCUGCAGGAACCUCCUAACAAUCACAGACUGGGAACGAGAGAAAGAUCAGGGUGCAUGCAAGUAUCGCAAGCCAGCAGAGGAGGAGAAAGAUGCAAACACAGAGGAGGAAGACAAGGAAGUGGGUUUCAUCAAUUCACCUGAACCUCAUGAAGUUACAGUAGCAAGAGAAGAGAUCAGCCUGCUGCUGGCAGAGCAGUGCAAGACGGCGGCCCUGAAGACAGAGCUGGAGCAGCACUUAGCAAAUGCCAAGGAAAAAGCUUCCCAGAUGGAGGAGUUUUUCUCCAGAAAACUCACCAGUGAGGAUCAGCAGGAGGUGCUAAGGCUCCUCUGCAGAGCCCAUGAGCUUGAGCUUGGCAACACAGAGCUGCAGGCAAACAUGCUUUACAAGGAGAAUUUGUUGUGCCAGAAGGAUUUUGUGAUCCAGCAACUGCAGCAGCACAUGCUACUCUCUGAAGAAAUUACUCAGCAGCAGCAAAUACUAAUAAAAGCCCAGAACAUUCCUGUCCCAGAGACACUGGCAAGGUUACACCACCUGCACCUCUCUGAGCUGGAGGAGGGGACACUGAGCCGCCUGCUUCUGCUACAUUCAGUGAUGUCCAGCAUGCUCAGGGUAAGGCAGAACAGACCUUUGUGUUGGAGAAACCACGCUGUCCCGUUAUCUUGUGUCAUAGCCAUAGAUUCACACACCCCCAAAGCCUGGCUGGGUUCUGGUGCUGGUCAGGAGCUGUACAGAGCUUCGCUUUAGGAACAUGUUGUCUCUGGAGCUCUGUUCUCCUUGUCCCCUUCCCUUUGACUCAGAGACUUGAUAAGGCUUUUAGUGACAGAGGAGGACCCAGGCAGUGCUGUGCAUGAGCCAGUGUGUUCAUCCUCCUAGCUGCUGUUGUGUCAGAUUGGGAAGAGAUAACUGGCUUGGCGGCAAACAGAAAACAAAACAUUAGGUGGCCAAACAUGCAGCCAUCCAAGUGCUGGCUGUAGGAGACUGUCAAACAUGGAGGCCUCUGCUCGC